CUACAUGCCCUACAUUUACAUGUUUUUUUUUUUCACUUCCUUACACAAUCUCUAAAGAACAGUAUCCCAAAGACAACGAAAAAAUUAAAACGAAAGAGAAACAUGAACUCAAAGUCUCUCACUUGUUGUCUUGUGUUCUUGCUAUACACCAAUCCACUUUCUUCAACAUCAUCAUCCUCUCUCAUCCACUUAAACUCCACAACAUCAAUCCUCAAUGUCACUUUACCAAAUUCCUUGUCUCAGUCCCUUGAGAAUUUCGCCCUCAAGACGUUAACCAAUCAACAUCAUACAGGUGCUCUUUACCAGGCUAUCUUACCGGAAAAUCUCUCCGGCAUCGAAGUCUCCGUCGUUCGUCUGACCGGGAAGAGCCUUUGGAAUUCCGGGGCCAAGUUCAGCAACGUGCUUAUUCCGGCAAGGGUGUUGGACGUUUCGGAUCAAGGUAGUGUCAAAGAGAUCAGUCUAAGGAUGAAGAAUCCGGUAGAAAUUUCGUUUAGGGAUUUACCUAAAGGCUCGGAUGAGAAAAUGCUGUCUGGAGUAAGAUGCGUAAGCUUCAAGGCACAGGCCAAAGAUAAGGAAUCAGCUCAUGUAAGUCGAAUGGUUCUCCCGGGCGUGUGUUAUGGUUCGAGCCACGGAGACUACUCGGUGAUCGAGCCCUUGGAGAACGAUAACAAGAAGGCCGAGUCGUGGUGGACCUGGUGGUGGUUGUGGGUUGUGGGAUUUGUAAUAGGGUUUGGCGUGUUAGGGAUCUUAGGCGUAGUCAUCACUUACUAUAGUAUGGAGAAAGCACUUACAUUAGUUCAAGCUGUGUUGCUUUGA